UGGAGGCUGGCAGUUCAAAGUUGAGACGUCAGAUAUGACUCCUAGAGACUGCUGAGAUGAUCAUUAAGGGAGACUUAGAUCGGAUGGCAGAAGACAUCGGGCAUGCAGGUGGUGGACUGAAGACGAUGCUGGAUGCCAUGGAAGUUCCAAGUCAUGCUAGGCAUCUCCUCCUGCAGCUCAACAGCCAGCGCACCAAGGGCUUCCUGUGUGAUGUUAUUAUUGUGGUGCAGAACGCCCUCUUCAGAGCUCACAAGAACAUUCUGGCUGCCAGCAGCCUCUACUUGAAGUCCCUGGUGGUCCAUGACAAUCUCAUCAACCUUGACCACGAGAUGGUUAGUCCAGGGGUCUUCCGGGUCAUUCUGGACUACAUCUACACGGGCCGCCUGAGUGAAGGAGACCCCACCUCUCCCACUGAACCCAACCUCGGAGCAGUUUUGGCAGCUGCCAGCUACCUUCAGCUGCUUGACUUAGUGGCUCUUUGCAAGAAGAAACUCAAGAGAAAUGGCAAGUACCCUCCCCGACCAGCUCCUGCAUUUCUGCCCUAUACAAAGAUGGGACCCAAUGCUAUGGGUCUAGGGAGUGGUGGCAGGUAUAGGGUUUCUACUCCUGUCAUUCAGUCCUGCCCUCCAGGAGGAGUUAUGAACAACCAUACAUCCCGUGCACCACUAGAUGAGUUAGUUCCCCAUCCACUAGGCGUCCAUGCUGGGGAGUUGUAUGCUCCCACCCAGGGCUCUCAGGUGUUCCCGUCCCCGCAGUCAGCUCUGCCUGCCCCACUUGGCCUGCGCUCAGCCCACCCUGAUAGGAACUGCUCCCCCAUUUAUGGCCUUGACCUCUCCAAGAAAAGCCCCAACUCCCAAUCUCAGCAUGGGCCUCCCCAGUCCCAUCUGGCACAUGCACUGCCGCACAAUGAUGAGGAGCGAGAGGGGGCUCUGAGCGGCCGCACCAGCCCCAUGCCAGGAACUAAUGGAAGGAACUAUCCUCCAGAGAAGAUGGAGACAACUGACCGGGCAAGCUCUCUCCCUCCUCCUCCUUUUCCCCAUCUCAACCAGCCUCUGGGCCCACACCUGCCCCACCUUCAUCGCUCCAGCUCCCAGGGUGCAGACCACUAUCCAUGCCCUCCCAGCCCUGACACCCCCACAGACGCUGGAGAGGCAGGCAGGGAGAUGGGUAACAUCUACCGCUGGGUGAAACACGAGCCAGUGUCAUACACGCCCGAAGACGAGGAGGAGGACGAAGAUGAGGAGGAGGGGGGCGGAAAUGGAGACCAGGAGGGCCACCACCAACAUCACAACCACCACAAGGCCGGGGAGGAGAGUGAAGGGGCAGACGACAAGAGCGGGUCAGGAAGUGAGGAGACAGGCAGUAGUGAAGGCCGCCCGUCCCCUCCUGGAGCCAUGGGUAGAUUCCAUAUGCCUUAUGAGCCAGAGAGCUUUGGGGACAAUCUGUAUGUCUGCAUUCCCUGUGACAAGGGCUUCCCCAGCUCUGAGCAGCUCAACGCACACGUGGAGACACACACAGAGGAGGAGCUGUACGGCAACUCUGGUGUGGAGAUGGGAAACAACAAUAACAGCAACAACAAAAACACCACCAAUGCCAAUGGUUAUGGGAGCCUGAACAGCAGCAGCAGUUUGAACAACCUGUCCCACCUGGAGAGCAAGUCCAGCCAGAGCCUGACUUCAGGGGGCUUAGGAGAGAUGAUCCGGCCAUACCGCUGCUCCACCUGUGACAAGUCUUACAAAGACCCGGCCACACUGCGCCAGCACGAGAAAACCCACUGGCUUACACGGCCUUACCCCUGCAGCAUCUGUGGCAAGAAGUUCACGCAACGUGGCACCAUGACACGUCACAUGCGUAGCCACCUGGGCCUUAAGCCUUUCGCCUGUGACGCCUGCGGCAUGCGCUUCACCCGCCAGUACCGUCUCACUGAGCACAUGCGCAUCCACUCCGGGGAGAAGCCUUAUGAAUGCCAGGUGUGCGGAGGAAAGUUUGCCCAGCAACGCAACCUCAUCAGCCACAUGAAGAUGCACAGCAGUGGGGGGGCUGCAGGGGGGCUGACUACAGAUGGGAAGCUGAAGCUGGACUUUACAGAGGGCAUCUAUCCUUUGAGUAAAUACACAGCAGAGCACCUGGGGCUCAAGCAGGAAAAAGCCAAUGAGCUUUUAAUCCAAGCCCAGCAGCACUUGGCUGAUGCCAAGGCCAUGGAGAGCCUCUACCCGCUGUCCAAACUGGCCGCAGAGCACCUUGGCCUCACCCACGACAAGAUGGAUGUCCUGGGCCAGCCCCUGCCCCCUCCUCAACAGCCUCUUUCUGACGCCCGCACCAUUGACCGCUACUCACCCAGCUAAGGCCACAUGUCCUGUAUACAUGAGGUCUGUGUGCACACACAGCUUGCAGUAUUCUAAUGCCAUUCACCUCAACUCAGUAUCUCUCCUGCACCUCAGACUCAGGCCAAAAGGUUUUGGUCCUCUAAUGCAUACCUAAACGUAUGCAAACUGUAAGUGCCUUCCUUUGCAUUCAGUGCAUUUCAAAGUCCUCCUCUUAAAGGGAGAACUGUGCUAUUACGUGACCAAGGAACACUCACUCAAAGAAGUGCAGUAUUUAUGUACAGUGUAUGCAAACAUUUUUUUUUUUAUUCCAGCCAAUGAGCCAAAGCAACAAAUUGAAUACCCAAAUGAAAUUGUUUUAUUUAUUUUUGUAUGUGGUGAAAUCCAAAGAGAAACUGUUGCAAGGAAAUGUUGCAAUCUGACCCUAAACCUGUGUACUAUUAAGUAUCGUCUGUGUACAAAGAUGAAAAAAAAAAAAAAAAAAAGCACAUAAGGACAAGAUUCAGGGUUGGUGUCCAGACCUGAGCGGAACUUUUACCAAAAGAAUAAGCCAACUCUUCUGGACUUUAAAGUAACAGGAGGACUUUUUAUGUUCUGUUUUUGGGGUACUGGACGAUUUGUGUAUCUCACUCUCCAGCUUUUCCCCAUCGUGCUCCUGCUUCCCUAGUCACAAGGAAAUGACUAAACGACGAGAGCAAUUGCUUCAGCUUUUCGGUAAAGUGGUCUCUGCUUUAUUUUCUCCCCAGUUGUUAGUAAUCCACUCCCCCAUAUAUUUAUGCAGAUCAAGGCUCAUAUUAUGUGACAGUAAUGGUAGCUUAAUCAGUCUUACACUCAGUGCGUAACCCUUUUUUAACCUAAAACUUCCUUUGCAUUUCAACUAACAUCCCAUUGCUUUCAAAUUGUUAUUGAAAAGCAGCAAGCACAGCCCUGUGAUCUCAUACUGGGACAUGAUUGCACAUACCCAACUGAUGACACACUAAUCCCUGCUCAUGAGUGCAGCUUCAUGCCGCGGUGUAGACGAGGCAUGGGUGUUGCCUCUGACAUUGUGUAAUAUUUACAAUCGCGGAUGCAGCUGAGGAACUCUGCAGAGAAGAGCACACAGAGGCUAUCCAAGGCAGGGUUCAGGUCAGAAUUAAUUACAAAGAAAUCUGUCAUUCACUAUCAAUAGCAAUUACCCCCUUCGCGUUUUUGUCUGAUGAUUUAUCACGGCCGGCGGGAGUCAUGUGCGGUGUUGGACACUGAGCCGUACUGCGGUCCGACCUUGCAUUUGACCUGCCCUCCCGUGUAGCUUCUUGUCUGAGGGCCCUGCUACCGUUG